AUGCUGCUCGCAUACCUUCUCUCCUCACACCUUCUCUCCUCACACCUUCUCUCCUCACACCUUCUCUCCACACACCUUCUCUCCACACACCUUUUCGUCACGAAUAUGGCGAACACAGCAACAUUGAUAGCACGGGAGGCUCUGAAAGAAGCCUUGCCCGAUCUAAAGAUCACCACCAAGAAAACCACCAGUUCGGCCCUUCAUCCAAUCGAUUUUGUUGGAAACCUACAGCUGUGGCCUAACUUCAGGGCUGAGGUUCUCCAAACUUUCAAUACACAGACCUGGAGCGCGACAAUCAUCAAAACCAAGGUCGCAGGGCCAGCUGCCCUUGGCUCGAUCUCUGAAGAGCAUAUGGGUGUUUCUUGCGAGGCAUCUCUGCAAGGAAGGCUAGGCGAACGCGUCGGUCAGGUUUUGAGCGCCGUGUUGAAAGCCCAGUGGUAUGAUCUUAUGUUUUGCAGCUUUAGAGGCGCCGAGCUACCUUAUGAGGGCUACCACAAAAUCCCCGACUUCGCCGCUAUAAACCAAGCUGGUACAGUGAAGAUUGUUGGAGAGGCGAAAGUACCAUGGGUGACAACGCAUUCGCCCAGCCGUGCACUUGAUAUGUUUAUGCGCGGUCGAGAAGAACAAUUUCGCCACUUGCUAGGCCAAAUCUCUCUUUACAUGCGCGAGACACAACUCAAGUAUGGAUUUCUUUCCUCGUACAAUGAAACAAUCGUGCUCCGAAAGACGGUUGUUGGCAGGCAUUGGGUGCUGGAGUACUCCCCAGUAAUCUACCACAGUGACGAAGGUAAUACAAUGAGAGGAACAGUGUCCACUCUCCAGAGUCUCUAUCACAUCGCACUUUUAUGCCAAGGGGGUUGGGAUUUCGGGUCAAAUACAGGCACUCGGAACCAGAAGUGGACUACAAACCGGCAAUGA